AUGGCGAAUCCACGGAAGCCGUCCUCGAAAAAGGGCGCCAUACUGGUGACCACAUCCUACGUCUUCGACUGGGUUGUCAUCAUCGCUCUUGGCAUCGCGGGCUAUAUCAUGGGUGACCACACGCCGAACAAGCGCCCAUUCUACCUCUCAGAUCCAAAUAUCUCCUUCCCGUUUACGACCAAGGAAACCGUUCCAACCAUGAUGUUGGUGAUCCUCAACAGCAGCAUCCCCAUUGGCGUCAUCUUGAUCGUGUGCCUCAUCUUCGUCCCCGGCUCGACAGUACCAAAGGGCACCCCGAAGUCCCUCAUUUGGCGCCGGAAACUAUGGGAACUCCACGUCGGCUGGCUAGGUCUAGCCCUAUCCGUAGGAUCCGCCUGGUUCUUCACCAACGGCAUGAAGAAUCUCUUCGGCAAGCCGAGGCCCGACAUGCUCUCCAGGUGUAAGCCCGACCUGGACAAUAUCCAGAAAUACAUCGUCGGCGGUGGUCUUCUGCCCGGUGAUCUAAACGCCCUCGUCUCCGCCGACAUCUGCACGAACACCGAUAAAGCGCUUCUUGACGACGGCUUCCGCAGUUUUCCUAGUGGCCACUCCUCGUCCGCUGCCGCCGGCCUGAUCUACUUGUCCCUCUUCCUCGCAAGCAAGUUCGCAGUGACCCUCCCGUUCCUGCCCCCGACGUCCUCCGCCGCUCUGAACGAAUCCUCGCUGUCCGCCUUUCCUUCACGCCUAAGUCGUCAGGCCGCCGAGAUUACCGAAUACGGAGCUCUUGAUCAGAAGGACGACGGUACCUACUCUAUCAGAGACGGAACCGUGCAAACCACCGUCAUGGCUGCCCGAAGACAGGCCGCCGCCCCGCCCAUCUAUCUCCUCGUCCUCGCGCUUCUACCGUUUUUCGCAUCCAUCUUCAUCGCCUCGUCUAGAUGGUUCGAUUUCCGCCAUCACGGAUUCGACAUCAUGUUCGGCUACCUCAUCGGCACCGUCGUCAGCAUCUACAGCUUCCGCUACUACCAUUUGCCCAUCAGCUCCGGCGCCGGAUGGGCUUGGGCUCCCAGGAGCCCUGAUAGGGCGUUCUGGGCCGGCGUCGGCUGCUAUAGCUACGCAACUUAUAACAACCACCCGUCGCCUUCAAGGCGGCCGUUGGAUGAGGAGGAGGCUAUUGAGAUGGAGGGCACGAGGCGGAGACGGACCGGUCUUAGCCCAGAUGGUCAGUCUCGCCUCGGGACGCCCCCGGAUAUGUGA